AUGGACUCCAUUCUCACUUGUCUUCCACUUCAAUCACAAUCACAAUCACCAUUUCGCUUACAUUUCACUCGGAUUCGUCCUUUUCCAAAUCGAAGAUUCAUCCCUAACUCUCCCAAAAGACCGCGAAUAAACCUAAUCUCACUCUCUUCUAUUACCACCACUCCACCAAUUAGUUUCGCUGCGAAAUCCACACCCUCUGUUUCAAAAGACGACAACAACAAUGUUAGUUAUGAGAAAGAGGAACCAAGCAUAUCCGAAUGCUUGGUGAAGCAGCUUGUACGUGCAUUAUUUUGUUUCGCUGUUGGUUGUUCUGCGUUCGGAACGUUCCGAGUUGGUCAUGCACUCGCAAUUGCAGCACCUUGGGCUGUUUCGGAGAAGAAAGGUAGUGAGAAAGAAGGAGUGAAGAGUCACGAGUACUCUGACUGCACGGAAAGGUUGUUGGAGACAGUGUCGGGUUUGUUGAGGAGCAUAGAAGAGGUUAGGAAAGGGAAUGGGGAUGUGAGCGAGGUGGAGCUGGUGUUGAAGGCCGUGAAAACGAAGAAGGAAGAAUCGAGAAGAGAGAUUAUGGGGAGGCUUUACCCGGAGUUGAGGAAAUUGAGGAGAGACAAGGGGCAAUUGGUGAAGCGUUCAGGGGAGAUUCUUGGUGAAAUACUGAAUGCGAAGGGUGAGUAUGAUAAAUUGAAGGUGAAAGUGGUGAAUGAGGAAGAGAAGGCAAGGAUGGAGAGGUUGGAGCAGAGGGUGGAAGAGUUGGAGCAGGAAUACAAUGGGAUAUGGGAGGGAGUUGGUGAAAUUGAGGACUUGAUUUCGAGGAAGGAGACUGUGGCGUUGAGUUAUGGGGUAAGGGAAAUCUCUUUCAUAGAGAGGGAGUGUGAGCAGCUCGUGGAGAGAUUUAAACAAGAAAUGAGACAGAAGGACAUUGAAAGUUCGCCUACAGGCUCAGUUACCAGGUUGUCAAAAUUUGUCAUUCAAAAAGACUUGGAAACUGUGCAAAGAAAACAUUUAGAACAAAUGAUUCUUCCUAGCAUUUUGGAUGAUGGAGAUCUUGGAUCAUUCUUUCAUCAAGACUCUAUUGAUUUUGCUCAACGUUUAAAAAGAAGUCUUAAAGACUCAUGGGAGAUGCAAAGGAAUUUAGAGGCUCAGAUAAGAAAAAAUAUGAAGAAGUUUGGCAAGGAAAAGCGCUGUAUUAUUUACUCACCUGAAGAAGAGGUGGUUAAGGGUUUUCCUGAAGUUGAGCUAAAGUGGACAUUUGGAAAUAAAGAGGUUGUGGUUCCUAAAGCUAUUAGUCUCCAUUUGUACCAUGGUUGGAAGAAAUGGCGUGAAGAAGCUAAGGCAGAUUUAAAACGGAAUUUAAUAAAAGAUGCUGAGUUUGGCAAACAAUAUGUGGCUGAAAGACAGGAAAGGAUUCUUUUGGACCGAGACAGAGUAGUGUCAAGGUCUUGGUACAACGAAGAGAAAAAUAGAUGGGAGAUGGAUCCAGUGGCUGUUCCUUAUGCUGUCUCGAAAAAGCUAAUCGAGCAUGUUCGGAUUCGGCAUGAUUGGGGUGCCAUGUAUAUUGCAUUAAAGGGGGAGGACGAAGAAUUUUACGUUGACAUAAGGGAAUUCGAAAUGCUUUUUGAAGAUCUUGGGGGAUUCGAUGGGCUGUAUAUGAAAAUGCUUGCCUGUGGUAUUCCUACAACUGUUCAUCUAAUGUGGAUUCCUUUCUCAGAGUUAGAUUUACGCCAACAAUUUCUGUUGACAUUAAGGGUGUCUCAUUGGUUUUUGAGUGGCUUGUGGAAUUCUGAAGUUGUCUUGUAUGCGAGAAAUUGGAUCUUUAAGAAAAUCAAGGAUACAACUGAUGACAUAAUGAUGGUGAUAGGGUUUCCUAUUGUGGAGUUUUUAGUCCCUUACCCGGUGAGGAUACGAUUAGGGAUGGCAUGGCCAGAUGAAAUAUACGAGACAGUGGACUCCACAUGGUACUUGAAAUGGCAAUCAGAGGCAGAAUUGAAUUUUAGAUCUAGACAAACAGACGAUGAAGAAGGUCAAUGGUUUAUUGGGUUUUUCAUCAGGACUGCUAUAUAUGGGUUUGUUUUGUUUCAUGUGUUCAAAUUUAUGAGGAGAAGAAUUCCAAGCCUUAUUGGUUUUGGACCUUUGCGAAGAGAUCCAAAUAGGCAGAAGUUGCGGCGAGUGAAGUAUUACAUUAAUGAAAAAUUGAGAAGAAUCAAACAGAAGAGAAAGGAUGGCUUUGAUCCCAUAAAGACAGCUUUCGAACAGAUGAAGAGGGUGAAGAAACCGCCAAUACCGUUGAAGAACUUUUCUAGCAUUGAGUCUAUGAAAGAGGAGAUCAAUGAAGUUGUGGCAUUUUUGCAAAAUCCAAGGGCAUUUCAAGAAAUGGGUGCGCGGGCGCCUCGGGGAGUACUUAUUGUAGGUGAGAGGGGUACAGGCAAGACAUCUCUAGCAUUGGCUAUAGCUGCAGAGGCUAAGGUGCCUGUUGUUGAAAUCAAGGCCCAACAAUUAGAGGCUGGGCUGUGGGUUGGACAAAGUGCAUCCAAUGUUCGUGAAUUGUUUCAGACAGCAAGAGAUUUGGCACCUGUGAUAAUAUUUGUGGAGGAUUUCGACCUGUUUGCUGGUGUGCGUGGCACGUUUCUCCAUACCAAAAAUCAGGAUCAUGAAGCUUUCAUUAAUCAACUGCUUGUGGAACUUGAUGGAUUUGAGAAACAAGAUGGGGUUGUUUUGAUGGCUACUACAAGAAGUCUCAAGCAAAUUGACGAGGCCUUGCAGAGGCCAGGUCGCAUGGAUAGGAUAUUUCAUCUUCAAAGACCAACUCAAGCGGAGAGAGAAAAAAUAUUGUACUUGGCCGCAAAGGAAACCAUGGAUGAUCAGAUUAUUGAUUAUGUAGACUGGAAAAAGGUUGCCGAGAAGACAGCUCUUUUACGGCCUAUUGAAUUACAACUUGUUCCUGUAGCUUUAGAAGGAAGUGCCUUCCGGAGCAAAGUUCUGGAUACAGAUGAAUUGAUGAGCUACUUUAGUUUCUUUGCAACUUUCAGUUCUAUGAUCUCCCCAUGGCUGCGGAAGACCAAACCUGUCAAGAAUUUAAGCAAAAUGUUGGUGAAUCAUCUUGGACUGACAUUGACAAAAGAAGAUCUGCAAAACGUUGUUGAUUUGAUGGAACCAUAUGGGCAGAUAAGCAACGGGAUAGAGCUUUUGAGCCCUCCACUUGAUUGGACAAGGGAAACCAAGUUUCCACAUGCUGUCUGGGCAGCUGGUCGUGGUCUUAUUGCUCUUCUAUUACCAAAUUUUGAUGUUGUUGAUAAUCUUUGGCUUGAACCUCUAUCCUGGCAGGGAAUUGGAUGUACAAAAAUCACGAAAGCAAGAAAUGAAGGUUCCAUUAAUGGGAAUUCGGAAUCAAGAUCAUAUCUUGAAAAGAAGCUCGUGUUUUGUUUUGGUUCACAUGUUGCAUCCCAAAUGUUACUUCCUUUUGGGGAAGAAAACUUACUGUCUACAUCUGAGAUACAGCAGGCGCAAGAGAUAGCUACACGAAUGGUCAUUCAGUAUGGGUGGGGACCUGAUGACAGUCCUGCAAUUUAUUACCGUAGUAAUGCGGUGACGGCAUUAAGCAUGGGGGAUGAUCAUGAAUAUGUGAUGGCAGCUAAAGUUGAAAAGAUGUUUGAUUUGGCAUAUCUCAAAGCAAGAGAAAUCCUGCAGAAAAAUCGCCUGGUUCUAGAAAAGAUUGUAGAGGAAUUACUUGAGUUUGAAAUUUUGACGGGAAAGGAUUUAGAAAGAAUUAGUGAAGAUAAUGGUGGAAUCAAGGAGAAAGAGCCAUUUUACCUUGGUGAAGUUCAAGCUAGUGAGCCAACAUCUGGCAACUUUCUUGAAAUAGGAAAUGCAUCAGGAAGUGCUCUACUAGCAUCCUAGAUCUAUGGGAUACCAUUGGGUAUGGUAAUUUGAGGUGAGACUCUAGUUCUUUUCUUUUCUUUUUCUUUAAAAAAAAAAAAAAAAUUUGGGGAUCAGAUGGUACAUUUGUAAUUGGAUAAGCAUGCAUAGUGUAUGAUGCAUCAUGCUGUAGUGCUAUUAUCCUGCCUGUGUUCGUUGGGAUGAGAAGAGAUAGCAGUUUUCCUUCUCAGCCUUCGUUUCUUGAUGUCAGGAAGAUCCUAAUAGCUUUUCCCAAUCAUUGCAAUGUAAAUUGUAUAUUCGAAUGUUAUUGGACUUUUUAUCCUACACUUCAGCUCGAUUAACAUUUCGUUAUUAGUUUGAUUACACAAACAUAUCU